AAAAUGUAGUCACUUUUUCGCAUUAGUCAUCGAAUGCAGACGGUAUUUUAUCUUCCGCGUCUUAAAUGUUCACAUACCGAAAUUGUGCAGCAGUGCGUAAAAAAAACAAGAACUAUUCAUAACAUAGUUGUGCAACAAAAUGGCGGAAAGAGCAGGUUAUGACCAACCCGGGGAUCCAUACAUAGACAAAAAUGCCGGUUACGGGGUAGAUGCGCCCCCGCCGUAUCAACCAGGACCAAAGCAGACUGCGUAUCCACCGCAACAACCUGGUUAUCCACCACAGCAACCAGGUUAUGUCCAGCAGCCCUACACCAGUACCAACACAACCGUGGUUGUUAAUCAACCUCAGACCGGGACAGUGAUCAUUCAGACACGCCCCCCAGAUUACAUGGUUGCCUCCAUAUUUGCAUGCCUUUGCUGCUUCUGGCCCACAGGACUUUGUGCCAUCUACUAUGCAAACGAGGCAAACAAUCUUGCGGGUGUUGGUGAUUACGAAGGAGCGAGAAGGAUGGCAGACAACGCACGGAAGUUAAUGAUUACGAGUGUGAUCGUGGGAGUUAUUGUGAUCACUCUUUCGAUAGUGCUACGCGUUGUGUUGUACGAUAACAACGAGUACAACGGGUACUAGACAGAGAUGCAGGCUAUAUCGCCGUGAACCAUUCACAGAAUAAUACUAACUUUUCACAGAAACAUUUUCAUAUGAAUUAACAUUGUUUGUACGUGUAUAUUGUAGCAUUACGCAUUUUGUAAUGUUGAUACCGUUUUUCACCAUGUAAUUUUUAAAUAGUUACAAAAGACAUUUUCAAAUCAAUCAAAGCUGAGAUAAAAAAUAUUGUCAUCAUUUUUUUUCGACUCCAUUUAAACACGCCAAUAUGCAUUAGUACAGGUAUAAAGUUGUAAAACUGUAUCCCCCAAUAUUCGUAACUGUUCAUUGUAUUUUGUUAUUUCGAAGAAAAUAUUAUGAACUAACCUAUUGGAAGUUUUGACUAGCAGGACAUUCUAUAUACUAUUACAUGACAUUUGCUCUCCGAUCUUUAUAUCGUCACGCUUUCGCUUUCAUGAGGUCGAUUAACACAUUAACUCUUUUUUUGGUAAGGCGCAGUUCAUUUCUGAAUGAAAACAAUAUUUUUUUCAAGUUUUAGAUUUACAGAUAAAUUGAAUUUUCAAUUAAAAUAUGUGAAAAACUAAACAUAUGAUCUCUUAAAAACAUUAAAGUUUUCCUUGUAGGGUACUAUUUUUAUUAUCAACCAGUUAACACUAAUCUAAAUUAUAUUUCGAAGUGUUAUUAAUUUUGUUUUUCAGUUUUUUUUGUGUGUGUGUGUUUUUUUCUUGCGAACUUGUCUAGGAAAUACUCUUAUCAGCUCUAUAUCUUCUAUUUUAAGAAUUAUUGUUCAAAUACUGAAAACACCACUAUCUUAAAUGCCAUUACCUUUUUUACAAUUGAAGGGCUGUUUUCUUGUAUAAAUACGAUUAUCUUGAAGCAUAAAACAGUUAAUUCGACGAGUUCAACGAAAUAUGUUGGACAAGAUAGUAAAAACAUUUUAAAUAUCUGCACUGCGUUAGUCACGCAGAAAAUUAUAUCAUUUUUUUUUACAGAUGAUGCUUUUUUGUUUUGUACGUUUACAUGCAUCUUUGAUACUAUCUUUACACAUUCCAAAAUAAACUUUUCUUUUUUUUUCAUGUUCAUCUAGCUUUCCAUUAUUUACAAGCAUAAUAUAAAAGUCAAGAAUAUGUAGACCCGGAUAUCUUUGUGUUAUAAAACAGAAUUGAAAAAUU